AACCAAUAGAGAGUUUUUUGUUCAAAAAAAAAAGAAAAAAACCAAUAGAGAGUUUUUUGUUCAAAAAAAAAGAAAAAAACCAAUACAGAAUUUGUGUUUCAAUGGCUGACAUAGCACUACUAGUGGUGGAGGAAUACGAGCGGAGGGUGAGGCUCACGUCGGAGAAAGCGUCACACUCGGCGGAGAUCGGGGGAUGGAAUGAUUUUCCGGCGAAGAUGAAGGUGUUUGGGAGUGAGGUGAAGAAGAUUGAGAGUUUGAAGAGGAAGUUUGAAGUCAAAUCUCAGUUUGCUCUUGCCGUCUCUAACGGUUUCUUUUCUGCUUAACUAUAUUAUAUACUCAUUUAUGUUUUUUUCUUCUACAAACUUGUUUGACGAUGUGUGUAACCGAGUUGUAAAUUAAUAUAAAGGAGAUACUCCUUUUAGAAACUUGUGUGGAUUAUUACAAGACAGAGGAGUUUCCUUCUUAAAUUUGUUGAGUAUCAAAAAAGUGAAGGCUGUCAUACUCAUAAGUACGUUCAACAUAUAUGUCAAAUUUUCAUGUUUGACAAUGAAACCUAAUAGACAAAAUAUGUAAUCAGUUAUAUACAAGUAAAAAUGAUUUUGGUAUUUAGAAAAUACUCUGGAAAAUCAUAAAACAACUAGUGUAGCGUGAGUCCAAAGAGUAGAAGUCUAAUUGAUUAAUGAUCAUUUAUUCAUAUUUAAGAAUGAUCAAAGUUAGUGAUCUUUCAUAGGUAUGUACUAUGUAGUGCAAAUUCCCUAUUUUUAAUAAAAGAAAGACGAGUCAGAAAAAGAAAGAAAAACAAGGAUAAAUCGAGAAAAUAUAUUUUAGAGUGGGACCCAUAAUAUUGACGCGAGGAGAAAGUGGAGAGACGUAUAUAUAGUCGAAGAAACUGAAUUCGAAUCUUCUCAAUCUUGAAGCUGUGCUUGAUCGC